UCUAUUGCAGAAGAAUUCAAUAUGUCCCGCUACGCAGUAAUUGUGUUGUGUGCUAUGGCAUUCCUGGUUCAGGCUGUGCUUAGCCAGCAGUGCGGUUGCAAUCAAAUCUCUUACGGCAAGUCCGGAGCGCUGCUCAGCGGAAUAAGCUCGAGUUCAUCCAGCAGCUCUGGCAAGAGCUCCGCUUCCUCUGCGUCGUACGGCGGCUCGGGCACCGGGCAGGUUGGCGUGACCGGCGACAUCGGCGCGAGCGGCACCACCGCCGUCGUAGGUUCCGUGCCCGUGCUUGGCUCGGUAACGUUCGGCGGCAAGGUGCCCGCGUCCGGCUCCGUGUCCAUCUCCGGACAGUGCGGAUGCGGUUGCAAAGCAUAAUUCUCGUUAUAAUUAUGAACACGAAAAAACACGAUCAAAUGGCAUUUCAUUGGUAAUAAAAUUGUGCAGCAGU